AUGGGUGGAUUGGGGAAAACCACCCUGGCACGAAAAGUCUACAACAGUGACAAGGUGAAGAAUCACUUCAAUUUCCGCGCAUGGGCUUAUGCGUCAAGAGAAUGUAGAGCCAGAGAGCUUUUGCUUCAUCUUCUUCAAAAAUUGAUGCCAAAAAAUGAUUAUGAAUGUAGAAGCAGUACCACCAAAAAGGGUCAGAAGAAACACAAGGAAGCUGUGAAUAAUUCUCAAGACAUCUCUAACUUAAGUGAUGAGGAGCUGAAGAAAAGAGUGUGGGAAUGCUUGAAGUGCAAAAAUCGAGAUCCUCCUUACAAUCUUCAGUUUCUUAGUGAAGAAAAAAGUUGGGAGCUAUUUUCCAAAAAAAGACUUUUGGCAAAUAAGAAAAAUUUACACAGAGAAUGGUCCAAAGUGUUUGGUCAUGUUAACUGGUAUCUUACCCGAGACGAGACUCAAGUAAAGAAUGUAGUACUUAAACUCAGUUUCGAUAACUUACCGGCAAGACUGAAACCUUGUUUUCUAUAUUUAGGGAUAUUCCCUGAAGAUUAUAAAAUAUGUGUAAGGAAAUUGUUGCAACUAUGGAUGGCUGAAGUAUUUAUACAAGAAAUAGGAAGUAGAGAUGCAUAUGAUGUUGCUGAAGACUAUUUGUAUGAGCUCAUUGAUCGCAAUUUGAUCCAAGUAGCACGAGUGAAAGGCAUUGGAGGCGUGAAAACAUGCCGCAUCCAUGAUCUUCUCAGAGAUCUCUGCAUAUUGGAGAGCAAAGAGGAUAAGUUAUUUCAAGUUUGA